CGGAGCGGCCGGUUGAGGCGGACGCGGCCGCCGUUGCUCCGCCGCCGGUCCCGGCCCUCAGGCCAUGGCGGCCUCCGGCGGGGCCGGCAUCCGGCUGCUGCUGGAGGCCGCUGAGUACCUGGAGCGCCGGGAGAGAGAAGCCGAGCACGGGUACGCGUCGCUGCCGCCCGGUGGGAAGGACGGGGAGCAAGGCCGAGCCAAGGCCCGGAGGAGCGGCGGGGGAGGCGGAGGAAGGUCGACACACAGUGAGAUGGAAAAGAACAGGAGAGCUCACCUGCGGCUCUGCUUGGAGAAGCUCAAGAGGCAGGUCCCGCUCGGGCCCAAGGACAGCCGGCACACCACACUCAGCCUGCUCAGGAAGGCCAAGCUCUACAUCAAGAAGCUUGAAGACGACGACAGGAGAGUCCUGCACCAGAUAGAGCAGCUGCAGCGGGAGCAGCGGCACCUCAAGAGGCGGCUGACCAAGCUGGGCAUGGAGAGGAUCAGAAUGGACAGUAUCGGAUCCACUGUUUCCUCCGAGCGCUCUGACUGGGAUAGAGAAGAGCUGGAUGUGGAUGUGGAGAGCACGGAUGAGCUCCCUGCAGACCUCGACUGGAGCAGCAGCAGCCCCAGUGACUCGGAUGAGAGGGGCAGCCUGCGGAGCGUCUGCAGCGAUGAGGGGUAUUCCAGCUCCGGCAUCAAGAGGCUGAAGCUGCAGAGUGAUUGCAAACCCUCUCUCGGUCCAUAAGGAGCAACUCCUGUGGCUGUUUCCCCCCUGGCUCUUUCCCGUUGGAUCCUGUUAGGUAGCACACUGGGCCUGCCCAUCCAACAACCUGCACAGAGCACCGACCGAAAGGAAGCCAAACUGGUUGGAAUUCGAGUCCCAAAUGCCACUGGGGGUGGUGAGCGGCUCCCUGGAGCUCCAAUUCCCAUCCAGAAACUCCUCUCUAUGAGAUUCCCACAUUCCAGCCACAUUUGGAAGCACCUGAGGGUAUCACAGCAGUAACAGCAACCCCCAAACCCCUCCGUGGUGCUGUCCCUGCCCGGUAUUCCGGAUCUACUCCAUCUUUGCCCGGACACAUCACAUCCCAGGAGCUGAUGGCAGGGCCCAAAUGUAGAGGUUUUGGGGUGAGGAUCUGAAGGCAGAGCCGGACACUCGUGUAGUUUAGAUCCAUGAGGGAAUGGGGUGAGUUGUGUCUUGGGAUUGCACUGCCAGUAUUAGUCAGGGGGCUCAUCCCCACUGACUCUAAACAUUCAGGGGAGCAGCACAGCCAUACCCAGCCCUGCCGUGUUCCCAAAGCCACUUCCUGACAGCAGGAAUGCUGCUCGGGGAGCACCCCCUCCUUAGCUCCCCUUUCUCAGGUCGGAUGCUUUCAUUCGGGGAAGUUUUGUGUCCUACCUAAACCCAACCAGCGCCAACCGUCCCCAUCCCUUGUGGCUGUUCCAGGCUCCUGGAAUUCCCUUUUCCAUGCUUCUUGUCUCUGGGACAAGACGUUUUUCUACCUCGGAGAGCCGAACAGAGAUUACCUCCAUCCCUUGAGCACAAACCCCACGCAGAGGAUGCCUCGUGUCCCACAGAAGCCACACUUGGGCCCCGGUGCUGUUGAGGGCUCAGCAAUAACCAGCGCAUCCCAAGCACUUCCCCAUCCAGCAACGAGCUCCUGGGCACUCCAAGGGGCUCCUGGAGGAUUUCGGUCGCUGCCUUAAGGGACACAAACCUGAAUAUGCCAAGAAGGACCCAGGACCCAGUUAUAAAGCACAGGGAGCACAGGAGCUAUAAGCAGCAUUAGUUCAUUUUCCUAUGUUCUGGAGAUGAUCUUCUUAGGACUUUGUGCUUUUAUGGAUGUCCUGGAUGCUAAUGGAGGUGUUUCCUUUCUCCUCGAGCCAGGCAAAGGUCUUUUCCUCUUGAUCCCUGCUGGGCUCCAGCAUCGGGCAAGGAACCACUUUAUUCUUCCAGGAUUUCUCCAAGUGAAGCCACCAAAGUGCAGGGAAAUGGAGAAAAUCCAACCCAAUUCCUGGUUUGUUUCCUUCUUAUUCCCUCUUUUAUUUCCUUAUUAACAUCCCAAAUCUGGGUUUGGAUCCUUUGAAGCCUCUGAGCAGAGGGAGGAUGGGGGAUGGAGCUGCUAAAUCACUGCAGUCUCCCAAAUCCCAGCUCUUUCUGAUGGGUUUUAAGAGAGGAAAACCAAAGCCAUUUGGUUUAAAGCACCCAGAUGCCUUCAGCAUCGGCAUUCCCAAAUCCCAGCAUCCAGCCUUUGGGUACCUGAGCUUUCAAGGCAGAAAAGUGGCAAAGCACAAUAAAAAGGAAUAAGAAGGAACAUCAGCCCUUUGCUUGCCAAGAGCCCUCCCUUGCCCUCUUCUGGAACCACCUUGGCAUUCCCAAUGGAGCUCCGGAUCGCACUACCUCUGAGCAGGGAAAGGUUGAAUGGGAGGUAGGAAGAGGUUGAUGGUUUGGGGCUCAGCAUCAGUUACUGGUUCUCAGUUACCCUCCACCUUCUUGCCCUCUUUAUCCCUACCAAGUACCAGACCUUUGCACUGUUGGGAUGUUCCCAUUCCGGCCUGAGGGCAAAGAGAAACAAGAACCCUCCGAACGGAUGCACUAACCUGGAAUGGGGCUGGGAACACGGCGCUGGAUUCCUGGUGGGCAGCCAGGACUGUCUUUGGGCCUCUCCGGGUCCCCACUUUGCCAGCCUUUUCCUUGGAAUUCACUGAUCCACCAGCAUUCCUAAGAACUAAGCUGCAGGUAGGACACUUGCGGAGAUGGGGAUUCACAAGAGGGGGCAAGGAGCUGCGUGCACGCCCCAUGUUUACGAUGGUUAUGGCAUAGACUUGGGUUAAAAACCCCCUUUUUUGGGUUCGUUCAUUUUGCCUUUUUUUUCCUCAUCCCAAACCACCAUUAAGGGAGGUGAGCCCCAUCUCCAGGCAGGGAAUGGGAAGCUGAUGGGAAUGGGGCUCUCUCCAGAGGCAAUGGCGCUUUGCUGCACCCUAUAGCGAUGGGUUUGGGCAUCACCCACCUGUGUUUGGAGCCGUUUAUGGGGCUGGACACAAGGAAAACCACUGUCUCCAAGCCUGUGCUUCCCGGGAAUCCUCACUGCUGCAAGCCACAAGGUUUGUUUCAUCCUCUUGCUUUAUCCAGCCACUGAGGAACCAUCACAGUGUUGGGCUGGGCUUUUUUUGGGGUCCCAUUUGCUGCUUUUCCACUUUCCUGUUUCAUUCAUUUCGUUUUGCUUCCCAAGAAGCCGAUCCCGCUCCGGCUCUGCCAGCCGGGACAAUGGGAAUUCUCUUUGCAGCCGUUGUGGUCCUGCUGUAAAUACCCCAUUGGCAUCCCCAGUCCUGUGUCAGGACCAGCUGAUGGUGCUUUCUCCUACACUCGGCACACGCCUGCUUGGAGCCUGUGGGUGAGCAGGUGUUUGCUGGGAACAGGGAAUUCUGUCUCGUUGGACUGGUGUGACUGUUGUUAGAGAAUAAAUUAUUGCAGGAUG